AUGGAGUCUAGGCAAGAAUUUCCCCUGGAGUCCCUCUCCAACAGGCCAGCAAGCCUCGUGAGCCCUGUGAGCUCUAUGCAUGAGGAUCACAGAGUGCCAGAAUCCCAACCAGAACAAGACACACACCAACACGAAGAAGUGCCUAGCUAUGAGGAAAGACAUAACACACAGGACGUCCCUCCAUCCUAUCAGCGACGAGAUCCUGCCAUUACCACAGUCUUGCGAGCCAACUUUUUCAUCUGGAUCCCAACAGCCAUCUAUGUAGUCAUAGUGGUGUGGUCAUGGGCGAUGAUCUGUAUCAUCGCUCGUGAGCCUCCAUUGACGUUCAACAAAGAUCUGCGAACCCGACAAUACUACGCCGCUCGCGUUUUGCAGUCUGUUGCGAGCGUGGCCACCAUCCCAAUCAUAUCAGCAGUUUGUGCUUGCGCCGUGGCCAUUUAUGUACAGAAUCAGCGGAAUGAGCACAGCCUCAGCUUGCGCCAGGUCAUGGCGCUGGCUGAUCGCGAAUGGAUGAAUCCAUUGUGCCUGAUAGCGCCACUGUCAAAGCGAUUUGGUAGUGGUUUCUUGUAUCUGGCGAUCUUCAUUUACAGCAUUGGUGCGAUCACAUAUCCAAUUCAAUGGUUAUUCCUCCAUGCUGAGGAAAAGCCAGUCAACCCCGUGAGUAUUACAUCUCACGAUGUACUCCGGAUAAGCCCCCUUGCUGGACAGAUAACUGGUCAUUACAAGAAAGGAUGGGCAAUCAGGGCUCUGCAAAAACAGCUUGAAGCGGGAUAUUUAGCCGGCAAACAAGCACAGCUUUGGGGAAGUUUCAGUACGAUACAGGACUAUGAUUCACGAAAUAGCUGGUUCACGGAAUUACCAAACAACUACAACACAGGCACCUAUAGAAGCAUUGCGCCGCGAUACAACUCAUCGACAUCGAGUGAAUUGAUACCGGUGGAUGAGUUCCCUUCGAAUUGUUCCUCGACACCCGACUACUUUUACACCUCCCUCAAUUAUACGGAAUCCUCCGGCGAUAGAGAUCCGUAUGAUGAACCUAUAGAUCCAGCGCAAAUACAGGUGUGCAUGCCAGCAAAUAUGACGGGCUCUCCGUGGAGUGCGUCCAACGCGCGCCAGGAGAUUACAGAGACACUUUUUAUACAUAUCAACACCUCCUACUUGGCCCUCCUCGAUGGUAAUGGGAUCCUGAAUAAUACAUACAAGAUCACAAUGACUACUACGGCUGGAUGGUUCGAACUUCCAAAUCUGUGGAAUAAGGGAGUUCCCGGACCGAUUAUCGAAAAUCCAAACGUUACCUGUGAGACUUCUGCUGGAUGCAUAGAUGCCGCAGAUCCUGCUAUGGCCGCUAGUGCUACAAUCUACGAUACAAUUUACAAGCGUUCUGCUGUAGAUGAGCUUGGAAAUGAACUAAUUGAUAGCACUGACCUUCUUGGGCCCCUGGGAACUGUUGCGGUAGCUCUCUUCGGACCGGGUUCAUGGUUUGACAAUCAACAACUGCUCUUCCCCGAUUUUACCAACCACAAUGACACAGGGUGGGUAUAUUACUUGGAUGAAAUCGUCAACAUAUACGAAAAUUUCCCAUUAGUCAGUCUCGCUGAAACAGCGUAUGUCGGCUAUGGUACAGGAAUAAGACUUUACGAGUGGCUGAGAUUUUUCAUUGUGGAGGGCCACAACACCACCCUCCCUGGGGCCUUGACUCUAGCUUCCUUUUAUGCAGUUCAAGCCUUGCUCCAGACAAACGAAGAUCAAUAUGUUUAUCUAAAUGAAGUUUCGAAGGAUAACUUCGAAACAGUCAUGAUGCCUUCCAUAUCCCUCGCUGGUAUCAUUGUGGUUUCCGUCUUGAUGGCGCUUUAUUUGAUUCCACUGCUUGCAUUCGCUGCGUAUGCGGGUCUCAGUAAAAGCUGGACAGUCCGACUGGAUUCCUUCGUCAUGUUGCGCAUGGGUGCAGCUAUAGGUCAAAAGGAUCUUCCCAUGCAAGUUGGGAAAAGCCUUGGCGAGAUAGGAGCUUUGGACCAGCUUCCGGGCGUGGUCAGGGAUGUUUCUGCGCCGGAUGACAAGAUCAGGCAGAUUGCACUUGGGUUUGGAGGCACACGGUUACGACCAAAGGCGAAGUACCCGGCGUACCCUGGAAAUCAACACGACUCACGGGAUAUGAGAUGGUAUUAA